CUCUACAGUUGUUAACUGUGUUUCUCCUCUCUGUUGUCUCUACAGUUCUAUGUGCUGAAAGAGUGGGCCAGAUGACUAAGACAUACAGUGACAUAGAUGCUGUUACUCGUCUGCUUGAAGAGAAAGAACGGGACUUGGAGCUCGCCGCCCGCAUCGGCCAGUCACUGCUGAAGAAGAACAAAACCCUCAGUGAGAGAAAUGAAUUCCUGGAGGAGCAAGUGGAGCACAUUCGAGAGGAGGUUUCUCAGCUGCGCCAUGAUCUGUCUAUGAAAGAUGAGCUUCUCCAGUUCUACACUAGUGCAGCAGAGGAGAGUGAAGGAGAUUCGUCCAGCUGUACCCCCAUCCGCCACAAUGACUCCACACUGUCGGUGCCAAGUUACUUCCCCCUGGACUCCCUGCAGAAGAAACUCAAAGACCUGGAGGCAGAGAACAUCUCUCUUAGAUCAGAGGCCAGUCACCUGGAGACGGAGACAGAGGAGUACGAGGAGAAGGAGCAGCAGCUGGUCAACGACGUCGUCAAAGAGCUGAGAGAUGCCAACCACCAGAUGUCCACCCUGGCGGAGGAGCUGGCGAGGAAGACGGACGACGCCUCUCGCCAGCAGGAGGAGAUCACACACCUCCUGUCCCAGAUCGUAGACCUGCAGAAGAAGUCCAAGUCUUAUGCAGUGGAAAACCAAGAGCUCAUCCAGCAUCUAGGAGCUGCCAAAGAUGCCCAGCGCCAGCUCACUGCUGAGCUGAGGGAGUUGGAGGAUAAGUAUGCAGAGUGUAUGGAGAUGCUCCAUGAGGCCCAGGAAGAGCUGAAGAACCUCCGGAAUAAAUCACUGCCUCUCAGUACACCCCGACGCUUCCACUCCCUGGGCCUGUUCCCUAUGGUGUCAGAUGUUAACAGCAUUGUUUAUGCCGAGGGGGACUCUCUAGCUGCUGAGAUUGAGGGCACCAUGAGGAAGGGGCUGGCUAUGGAUGACCCGGAAGUGGAAGAGCAGAAGUUGCACCCCAAGCGUGUGUUUGAGACUGUGAAAAACCUUAACCUGAUGCGUCAGCGCUCCUCUCUGGCCCCGUCUCCCAUGAACAUCCCCGGCUCCAACCGGUCGUCCUGUCUGAACUCUGGCCGCUCCAGCUGCAUGUCCACGCCCCGCUCCAGCCUGUACGGAGGGGAUAUGGGGAGCAUCCUCAUAGACAACCACACCAACAGCUUCAUACUGGAGACGCCUGACCACAGUGAGGAUGACUCCAACAAGAAACCAGGGACCCCUGGAACGCCGGGCUCUCAGGAUCUGGAAGCAGCCCUGCGACGUCUCUCCCUGCGGCGGGACAACUACCUGAGCGAGCGGCGCUUCUUCGAGGAGGAGAGGGAUCGGAAGCUCCAGGGGCUGGUGGAGAAGGGAGAGGUGUACAACGGCAGUAUGACCCCCACAGAGAGCAUCAUGUCCCUGGGAGGAACCCACCCCUCUUCCAUCUGGUCUGGGUACUCCUUUUGCUCCCGCUCCUACCUGCCGGAGAAGCUGCAGAUCGUCAAGCCACUGGAAGGCUCAGCCACCCUGCACCAGUGGCAGCAGCUGGCCCAGCCCAACCUGGGUGGGAUCCUGGACACGCGGCCUGGUGUGGUCACUAAGGGCUUCCGUCCUCUGGAACUAGACCUGGAGCACAUGUACCUGUUCACUGACUUUGAGGAGGAGGACUUUGAGGUCGUGGAGGAGUCUGUCCACAGCCUCUCUGCCUCAGGCUCUACCCCCGUCUGUAGUGGCAUCUCCAUCCUCAGCCGGCAGGGCCUCCGUACCCGGUCCUCCUCCUGCUCCUCCUCCUGCAGCGGCAGAGGCAUCAACAACAACCUUCCAGAGGGAGGGGUUGGGGGUGAUGGAGAAGCCAGGGAAGAGGGCGAGACAUUAGGCCCAGGCAGCACAUCACUGUCGUCCCCCGCACCUCCAGACAGAGAGAACCAGGAGAACCAGGAUCAGGCUGCAGCCGCUGACGGGGUGUCCGCCCACUACCCUGGUAAAUGCAUGUCCAACACCAGCUCCACCUAUACCUUCACCACCUGUCGGAUCAUGCACCCCUCAGACGAGCUGACCAGAGUCACCCCCAGCCUUAUGUCUGGCCCUACUGCCUCCUGCGUCAUGACCAGCAGCAGCAGCGUCAGAUCUACCCCCUGCUCAACCCCUUGCACCCCGCGCCGCCUCAGCCUGGCAGCCGAGUCCUUCACCAACCUGAGAGACUCCACCAAGACCAUGAGCACUAGUGGAGGUCUGGUGCGGCUCCUCCAGGAGCGAGGCAUCUCUGCAGCAGUCUACAACCCUCAGAGCUGGGACCGAGCAGACUGUAGCACCUCUAUCACCACUGGAGGGGUACCGUCGCUUCUACCGCCGCGGCCCCCCGACACCUUACCCUCCACGCCGCCCAACUCCCCAACCCACCGCUCCCUCUGUGCCAAACCCAGCAGCCCCGUGGGCCCCUUCGAACUCAGUCCCAGCGCCCCGCCCUAUGACAACUUCCUGGCGUCGAAGCCGGCCAGCUCCAUCCUGAAGGAGGUGAGGGCAGAGGCCCAGAGCAGUGAGUCAGCAGACAGCGAUUGUCAGACUGACGUCAGCGUCCACAAUCUGAAGCUGGUGGACAAGCUGAAGCGCUUCAGCGUGGCUGGGGCCGGUCCCUCUUUAUCAGGGUCCACGGGGCCCACCAUGCUGGGGCCCCUCAGCGGCCUCCACCGCCCUUCCCACUUCUGCCCUUCUGUGGUGACCAGUCCCAUAGGGGGCCUCGGCCCCGCUCUGAACGCAGGCAUCCGCCGUAACCGCAGCUACCCGGCCAUGGUAGGGGCCGGCAUGGCUAUGAAGGGCCCGGGGCCCCACAGCCCCACAGACAUGCUCCUGGCUUCUUCCUCCAAGCUCCUCAGACAGACUAGUCUCAAUGAUGGGUGAAGGAAUGUUGACUUUUCUCUUCUGUCUGUCACCUGUCAGAUGAGUUGGAUGUAUAUAUAGCUGCUGUAUGAGUCCCCGGUCUGUGACAAAUCAACUCUGUGCCUGAAAGAGAUGCCCUUUCUUUUUACAGUGCAUUUUGUAUCAAUGCUAAUUAUUUUGUCUUCCUUUAUCUUUCUUUCUCUAUUCUGUCUCUCUCUCCUCUCCUGUCCUCUUUCUCUAUUCUGUCUCUCUCUUU